GGCAAGGGGACGGUGAGCUGGUGGAGUUGUAAGGUUCUUCAGUGUUGUACUCCUCGCGAUUAAUUUGCUGCCGUGCAGAACAUUCUGCUGCAUCAUCAUGAUCGGUAACGUCUUAUUGAAUCCCAAUGUUUAUCUUCACAAUGUUAAUUCACAGACAGCUUUUGCACUUUGCAAAGCUUUUGCUUAGAACUCCAAACUUAUCUGAAUUCGUUAAACUGAAUGUUGCGCUUAGUAAAAUUAAGCUUUGACUGUAGGUCGUACUUUCGCAAAAUUGAACCUUAAUCCCAAGAAAACUAAAAUGUCAAAUAAACCGAAGCAGUGGCUCGAGCUCGCAGCGAGCUGUGUUUCUCAGAACUAAACAGACCUUUUGUUUCAAUGCAGAUUUCCAAAGUGCUGUGGCAGGUUCGCCUGCACGGUACACUCUAGCGAAUUCAAAGACAGUCUUUACGUAGCAGGAAAUAAAGCAGCGAUGGCGAUGAGAGUCGGAAACUUCGGAAUAACGACCAACCAUGCAAAUGCCGUUGUGAAUAGCAAAACUCUGACAUGGAAAACUCUGUUAUGAUUCAAUGUCGCUUGUUUCUACUUCUAGAUCUCUGUGCAAAAUGUUUCUCAAUAGCUACUUAGCGAGCUCCUGCUGCCUUUUGCAGCUAUGAAUGAACUUCUACAACUUGACGUUGCUUGUACAAUGUUGCUACGAUGAACGGACAAAGUUCAAUCUGAGCUUUUUUCCUGCUCUACUCGCUCG